UACCAGCCAGCAGCAGUCUCACAGUCGCAGCGCUAAACUCGUCAAGUUCAAACGUUCUUCGUGUGGUCCUGCACACACCGCGCCGUUGCAGUUCGUGCCUAUCUGUGUUGUGUGUGUUUUUCUUCUCGGGAGAAGGCUCGGACUGCAUUCAAUCCCGCAGGACCUUUCUCCCUGCUUUCGUUUUUACGCGUCGUUGUUGAGUGUUUGGUGUUCUGGGGGGACCUGCCUCCAACGGGUGAUCAAGAUAUUGCGACAUCUGAUUAAAUUGAUUUUUCUUCUCCGGUGCUCUGCGAGCAGGCACACACACACACACGCGAGCAAACACCCGGACACGUGUGCUGGCCUGCCUCUCUGGGUGGAGGACAGCUGAGAGGCUCGUCGUCUUCGUCGGAGGAAACCCCCGUCGCGCGGUGAAGCCGCAGUGUGUGUCUUCCCGGAAUUCUGCGACGGCAACACGGCGGAGCUGUCAAGAAGAGACAGCAGCAGCAGAGUGUGUGUGUGUACGAGCGAUGGAAAAUGGGUUAAAUGGAUUGACCUAGGUGUUGAUAAGAGGUGAACGGUGGGGGGAAAUUCCGGUGAAUCUGUGUUGGCGAAGUUCCGAAGUUUCGUACUAGAGUACAGGGAACGCUCACGCAGGAGCGAGAGUACGAAAGGUUUAAUUCAAUUAGAAAAAAAGGAAAUCAGAUACGGAACAGCGAGUGACAGUCACUGGACGAAUGUCAAAGAAGUAUAGUGGCAGACUCUUGGACGGAAAGCAGUGUGGAGUCCAGGAGGGGGAGGAAAGUGAAAAUUCCUUCUUCCUGGUGUAGAACCUCGUGCUCUCAGAAGAGAGAGAGAGAGAGAGAGAGAGUGAGCACGCAAAGCAGAGAGAGCGAGUUUUUCCGGCGACUUUUCACCGACAGAACCUGAAGCAGAAGGCACAGACGACGUCGAACCGCAGUGAAGGAAGAAGCUCAAAGGCUACGGUGUAGAGUUCAACAUCGGAAGAAGAACAGCCGCGGAUCAACGCAAGAGAGUGAGAGCGUGAGCAACUCGCGAGAGGGAAAUCUCGAGAGAGCGCGAGAGAGUGUGUGGAAGGAAAAGCGGACCCCACUGCCGUUGAGGAGUCGGUUCGCAGCACCGAACUCACACCGAACGGAACCGCCAGGACGGAAGGAUCGUCUUUUCGCCGGUCGCGCCGGAGGAGCUCUGUAUUUGUACCACACGGUUGUUCUGAGUUCAAGAGUGUGUUCCAAGUGUCUACCGCUGGUCUAGAACUGGUUGGUGUAGAGCAGCGCUAAGAAGAAGGUGUUCGUGCGGAUCUUCGCGCAACGUGCCGUGGGACAAUUCCGGAGGUGGGACGGAUUUUCCGGAAAAUCCGGACAGCGGCAGCAGCCGCAGCUGUUCCGAGGGUUAGUGGAAAUUAGGUAAUCGUCGAGGUGAACCUCCAGCUUGUACUAGAGAGCGAAUUGUGUGCGGUUUUUUGGAAAAGGAAAACUUCACGCCAGGAAAGCGCAGGAAAAUCAAUUUACGUGUGUAGUUGUGCAAAGUUUUUAUAUACUCUUGUUAUUUCCUUGUGAUUUUUUUUUCGUUCUGUUCAUGUCAUCCUGUGUGUAGUGUAAUCGUAUAGUGUACAUACCGAGCAGAAUAGCAAAGAAAUACCAGAAAAUAAAAAAAAAAAACAACGGAAAGGAGCAGAAGCAACUCUCUCUUCUUGGUGUGUGCCGCAGUGGGACGUUAAUUACAUAAGAAUAAACUUGAUUUUUGAGUGUUUUUUUUUUCGAGUCGAUUCGAGUUCAAUCCGAGUGAUAAUUGGAUAAGUGCUUUUUGGAGACAGUUUGUGACAAAUUGGGCCCGUUUUCACACAAACACACCUGCACACAAGAGAUUUGUAUACAGCAAACACCGCUGCAAAAGUUGUCUAGGAGAAGUUAUAAACAACACGUUUUACUCACCAAAUUACUCACAGUGUUUAGCCAGUGCUUAGUUAGCUAAUGUUUGACGCAGUUUGAUGUUGGUAGGGUUACAUUAAUCGUGUUCGUAGCGAGUUACAACUUACUAAUUAGCCUAAACUACAUAAAUAGUAUAAAAAGGAAAAACUAGAAUUUGUGAAAAAACAAAAUCAAACUUUUUUGACAACGAAAAAAAAUAACAAGAAGAAGUAAAGGAAGAAAACUAACCAACAAAAAAAACAACAACAAAACAAGGCAAAGAGAAGAAAACAAAACAAACCUGCCCUGGCGCGGUUGAACUGUGAUGGUGCUCUACGUGAAGAAGGAUUUCUAUCGUAAGGAGCCCGACCGGCUGAGGCACCGGCAGCCGCGACUCGUGUAGCUCUGCCAUGAACAAGCAUCUCUGGAACAGCGAUACAUCCUGGGGAUGUGUCCCGGCAGCAGCAACAACAACAACAACGACAACUACGCCAGCACCACGACGACCACGUCCAACGCUGGCGCUGACUACGCUGACGACGCUGGCCCAUCUGACGACCAUCCUGCUGCUGCUGCUGCUGGCGCCCGGUCCAGGUGGCGCAUUGGACCCCGGCAUCGACCUGCUCGACGCACUAAGUUUACACACAAAUUUAUCCCAAUACCAAGGGGUUACAGUCACCGACGAGUAUCAACAUCAAAGGGUAUAUCAUUUGUCAGGUGGCGAUCGAAAUCUUGUCCUUCCGACAUCGGUUUUUCACCGGGCCGUGGACCAGAUGAAGCGGACGGCCGAUUUCACGUUUGCCGUCGUCCUGAAGCAGGAGCAAGCUAACUCUGGGACCAUCGUUUCCUUUUCAAACGGAAACAAUAGGUAUUUAGAAUUACAAUCAAGUGGAAGACGUGACGAAAUACGUUUUCAUUACACACACAUAACAGCAGCGGGCGAGCCGCUGAUGCGCUACGAGUCCUUCCCGUAUCGGCUUGCGGACGACGCCGAGCACAAGGUGGCGCUAACGGUCAGCGGCACCGAGGUGCAGCUCUACAUCGACUGCCAUCCACUGUAUAAGCGAGUGAUGCAUUUUUUACCAGAUAGAAAUUUUAGUGCUUCCAAUAUGCAAUUAUUCGUCGGACAAAGAAACUCAAAUAGUCAUUAUUUAUUUAAGGGUGAUUUAAAAGAUUUACGUAUUAUCACCGGCCCGUACGGUUAUUUAUCACAAUGUGAACUAAUGGAUGCACAAUGCCCCACCUGUGGGCAGUUUUUAGAGUACGAAAAAACGUUAGCAAAAUUUCAACAAUCCUUACUAAGUCUACAGGUUCAGCUAGUGGCUGCAGAGAACCGUAUCACACACUUAGAGAAAUGUGAUUGUAAAAAAUCAUGCCUAAUUGACGGUACAAGCAAAGACGACGGUGAUAUAUGGGAUAUAGGUUGUAGUCAGUGUAAAUGCGAGAGUGGCGUCGUCACGUGUGGUCCAAGACCAUGUCCAGAGGUUAAGUGUAAACAUCCAGUAUUAGAGAAGGGUGCAUGUUGUCCUAAGUGUUUAAAAAAUUGUUAUAUUAAUAAGAAAGACUAUGAACACGGCGAUAAGCAGAUCCUAGGCUGUAGAAACUGCUCGUGCAUAGACGGCAAUAUGUUGUGUGAUAUGCUGCAGUGUCCGGAGCUCAAGUGCCCCCCGGAGCAGCAACUGUCGGUGACGGACGAGUGCUGUAAAUUUUGUCAAGGAGUGGACUAUUGCUCAAAGGGUCACGCAUGUCAUACUAACGCUACGUGUCUUAAUCUUAACACCAAGUACACGUGUACCUGUCGCUCGGGCUUCCACGGAGAUGGGUAUGAAUGCUCUGACAUUGACGAGUGCGCUCAGCAAGGUGGUCUUAAUGGUAAUCACUGCCAUCUGAACACGCGGUGCGUCAACACGUUCGGCUCGUACGUGUGCGAGUGCGUGGCCGGCUACCGGCGGCUGGACAAGUUCAACUGCGUCGAGGUGGACGAGUGCAAGUCCGGCGAGCACAGCUGCCACGAGCACGCGGACUGCAGCAACACGGCCGGCUCGUACCACUGUCGCUGCCAGCCGGGCUACGAGGGCGACGGGUACGACUGCAAGCCGGUCUGCAAUCAAACCUGUCUGAACGGGGGUGAGUGCCGGGCGCCUGGGGUGUGUACGUGCCGGGCCGGCUACGUCGGCGAGUCCUGCGAGAAGGACCUGGACGAGUGUGCGACCGGGGUGCACCGGUGUAAGGAGACAACGAACUGUGUUAACAUGCCAGGAUGGUACUAUUGCAAAUGCAAGCCUGGAUUUGAAACCAAAGGAAAAGAUUGUGUAGAUAUAGACGAGUGCUAUCUGAACACGCACAGCUGUCACCCGACGGCCCGGUGCGUCAACACGCAGGGACACUUUGAGUGUGUCUGCCCGACGUCGGCGUCGGAAGCGGCCGCGGCGGCCAUCGCGGACGCCAGCAGCAGUAGUAGCGGGUCGUCACGGUCAGUGGUGGCGACGGUUGCGGCAACCGUCCGGCCCGGUGCCGCGUCCAACUGUAGGUUAAGUUGUAUGUUCGAGGACAGCGAGAUCCCGGACGGCGGCCAGAUCUCGCCCCGGAACCAGCCGUGCAAGGUGUGCACCUGUUCGCGGGGGGUCAUCAGCUGCGUGGAGCCACCGUGCAACUGCUCGCGGUGGCAGGAGCGGGGCAGCGGAGCGCGGGACCUCUGCUGUCCGCAGUGCGAUCCCAAAGAGUCCUGCCAGCACCAGGAGCUGAAGCACGUGACGUUCCGCAGCGGCGAGCAGUGGAUUUACCAGUGCCAGACGUGCGAGUGUCUGUACGGUGAAUUCGACUGCUGGAGGCUCGAGUGUCCGCCGCUGACUUGUGAUAACCCGCUGCCGAUGGGGCGGGGCGACUGCUGCCCGCGGUGUCCGGACGACAUGUGCGGCCUGGAGAACGCAACGGCGACCAUCGGUGGCGGCGGCAGUGGCGCGAGCUUGCCGUGCCUGUACGAGCAGCACAUCUACGCCUCUGGACAGACGUUCAAGUACCCGUCCAGAGAGUGCGCCACCUGCUCCUGCAAGGUCCCCUACUGUGCCCAACUGGUGAGCAAUUCCGCGUGUUGUGUGCAUCGGACGGUAAGAUCACCUGCCGUUACGAUGAUCAUUGUGUUGCUGAUGAACUACGCCAGGUUGAAGAGUCUCCUGCAGACGAUAGUGUUAAGAGUAGUCUUUCUAAUCAUAAACCAUCGCAAACAACGACCCCAAAGACAUCCAGCGAAAGUGGAAGCGCGAGUAGCAGCAGCAUCAGCAGCAGCAGUAGUAGUGCACCAUCAGCAACAUCAACGAUCCCACCCACAACAACCACAGCAGCAGCAGCAGAACAAUCAACCUCAUCAACUUCAUCGACAGCAGCACCAGCGAUACCAAAGCCAAGUCGAAGUCCUUCGAAGAAGCUACUCAAGCGAUCACUUCCGAGCAUCUACGAGACCUCCUCGUCCAUCUGGUCCACGCCGGCGGCCGUGCCUCUGCGGAGGUACGUCGGCAACUAAGGUCGGCCCUCUUCCCUUCCAGAACAGCCACCGUCACCACCACCACCAACACCAGAUCAGCGUAAUGUUCGUGUAGAAAUUUGCCUUCUUGCAGAGAAACAACAACACAAAAAAGAGUUAAAUGUGUACGAUUUUUUUUUUGUAUUUAACACACACACGCGCGCCACCCUAGCGAUUGUAUAGAAAAAAUGUUUUAAACAAUUGAGACGAAAGUUAGAAAAUUUAAAAAUAACAAAAAAGAAACAAAUCCUAAAGUUUUAUCCCUCAUCCAGAAACAAAAAAAAACAAACGUCAGAGGCCAUCGAAUUUGAACACACAAAACAUCAAAAAUCUGACUCCUAAAAAUACCCACACCAAAAAAAAUCAACUCCACACUAGUUCUCUUUCACUCUAAAAACUCUUAACUCUCUUUAACUUUUAAACGAAGCCCUCCCCCAUUCUCAAAUCUCUCAAUCUUUCCUACAUUUUUGUGUGCAGCAGAAAAGUAAACAAACGAAAACAACAACAGUCAAGCGCAUCAAGUCGAGUAGUAGAAGGUAAACAACGAUUAAAAAUUAAAAUUAACAAAAAAAAGUCCGCCUAGCAAAAGAUGUUACACAAACACGAAAAUAUUUCCACCUUCUAAGUUUUAGAAAAAAAAAGAAGUGGUGGUAUCACAGAUAAACAGGUGGAAAAUCACGAAAUCAAUCAUUAAUUUAGUUUAACUUAAAGUGUCGCCAUCUAGUGGCAAAAACUUGCAACUAAAAAUAACUGUUUAAAAUUAUCUGACAUAUUGUAUGGGAGGGACACUUAUGAAAUUGAAGAGACGUUUCUCAGAAACUUUUCUUUAAAAAAAACUCCUCUUUAAACAACCUUAGAUUUUGAUUCCAAUUUCACUGAGUGUUGUAAAUGAGUG